CAAUGUCUGAUUAUCUAGGAGCUAAUGAAUUGUUAUUAGGCUAGCCAAUAAGUAAUGGCUGUUCCAGUUCUUUAUAAACUCCAAGAGAGGGAUUCUAAGAGCUAAUUAGAAGUCAGCCAUAAUUACCACCAAUAAUGUCUGACGCCUUAGUUUCAGAGGCAAUCCGCCCUCACAUUGCCCUCUUCCCAAGCGCUGGAAUGGGUCAUCUAACACCUUUCCUGCGGCUUGCUUCCAUGCUAUUGUCUAAUAACUGCGAUGUCACUCUGAUCACUGCCAAACCUACUGUCUCAGUUGCAGAGUCCACACAUAUUUCCUUCUUCCUUUCAACUCAUCCAGAAGCCAAACAUCUUGAGUUCCAACUCCCUUACUUACAACCUUCCAAUUCAUCUACUGAUGAUCCUUUUUUCAUUCAGUUCGAAGCCAUUCUUCGUUCUGUGCAUCUUCUCCAUCCAUUGCUGUAUUCUUUAUCUCCACCUCUCACUGCCAUCUUCUCUGACUUCGUAGUAGCCUCUGGUGUCACUAGAAUUGCUGUUGAUCUUGGUCUUCCACAUUAUGUUGUGGCCACAUUUUCUGCUAAAUUUCUUUCUCUCAUGGCAUAUCUCCCGAUCCUGACAUCUGACCCCACCAAACUCAGUAGCCUUUCUACUGAAAUUGAUAUCCCAGGCCUAAAGCCACUCCCUGUAGAAAGCAUCCCUCCUCCAUUCUUCAACUCAGAUCAUCUCUUCACAGCAAACCUUGUAUCAAAUGCAAGAGCCCUCCCAGAAGUCAAAGGAAUUCUGAUGAAUACCUUCAAUUGGUUUGAACCAGAAACGCUUUCUGCACUCAACAGCGGCAGAGUUUUGAGCAAUCUUCCACCAAUCCUUCCUAUAGGACCAUUAGUACCUUAUGAGCUUAAGAGGGAAGAGCGUCAGUACCUACCGUGGUUAGACAACCAACCCACAGAAUCUGUGGUUUAUGUCAACUUUGGAAGCAGAACAGCCAUGUCAAAAGAUCAAAUAAGAGAACUGCAAGACUGCUUGGAGAGUAUUGAGUAUCGUUUUCUUUGGGUACUCAAGAGCAGCAAAGUCGAUAAGGAUGACCAAGAAGACUUGGAAGCCUUAUUAAGCCAUUCAUUUGUAGAAAGCACCAAGAACAGGGGAAUUGUAGUGAAGGGAUGGAUAAACCAACAAGAGAUUCUAGCACAUCCUGCCAUUGGAGGCUUUGUUAGUCAUUGUGGGUGGAAUUCAGUAGGGGAAGCAGCUCAGAGAGGGAUUCCUGUCCUGGCAUGGCCUCAACAUGGGGACCAAAGGGUGAAUGCAGAAGUUGUGGAGAAGGCAGGGCUUGGGAUAUGGGAGAGGAGUUGGGGUUGGGGUGUUGAGAGCCUAGUGAAGCAAGAAGAGAUUCAGAGAAAGAUUGGUGAGCUGAUGGAGGAUAAAAAGUUGAGGAGUACAGCAAAAAAGGUGGGGGAAGAGGCUAAGAAAGCUGGAGAAAUUGGUGGGAGUUCCAACAAGGUCCUCAUGCAAGUCCUUCAACUGUCAAUACAAAGCUUGGAAAAGUAGUUCAACUUUCACAAAAAUGUUGAAGAUAUCAGUUAACAGCAGUUAUGCUUUUUUAAUUUGUAACUGGUUUUUUGUUUUCUGCAGUUAGUUCUACAAGUUAGCUGCAUUAGGAGUAGUUAUUUUUAUCCUUUAUAUAAAAACUGUAAUGUAUAAGUUGCAGAUAUUUUCAGCAACUCUUAAUGUAUGUCAGUUAUCAAUCUGAAAUGAAAUAGAGCUCCACAUCCGAGAAGCUCAUAAAAUCCAGAUUAGUGUGUUCUUUAGUUUACUGCAGAAAUUAACAAAAAAUCCUCUUUCUU